AUGGGCGCCACGCCGGUGCGGUGGCCGCGGGUGCUGACCCCGGCACAGCUCGCCGGGGCCAUACGCCGGCAGAAGAACCCCCUCGAAGCCGUCCACCUGUACUCGGACGCGCCUCGCCGCUACCCGCCCUCCUACCGCCACAACGACGACGUCCGCUCCUCCCUCCUCACCGCGGCCGCCGGUUCCCCUGCACUCCCGUCCCUUCUCCGCCGGGUCCUCCCAUCCUCCCCCUCCGCCGACUCCCUCCUCGCCGCUUCGAUCCCCAAUCUCUCCCCAGCGGCCGCCGUCUCCAUCUUCCGCUCUUCGCUCCCUUUCUCCCCGUCCCCGUCUUGGUCCCUCUCCUUCUCCGCCCUUCUCUGCCGCCUCGUCUCCGAGAAUCUCCUCCCCGAGGCCGCCCGCCUCUUCGCUGACUUCGCCGGGCGCCCGGAAGUCUCGGUAGUAUCCGGAGACCUUACUCUUCUCAUAUCUGGCCUCUGCCGCGUGCGACGUCCUGACCUCGCGCUGCAGGUGCUUGACGAAAUGCCGAACCUAUGCCUUACACCGGAUAGGGACGCGUACCGCGCGAUCGUGCCUGCUCUCUGUGACGCUGGCAUGCUCGACGAGGCCACGCAUGUCCUCUAUUCCAUGCUGUGGCGCGUAUCGCAGAAGGGCUGCGACGCAGAUAUUGUGGUGUACCGGGCAUUGCUGGUUGCGCUCUGUGCGGCUGGCCGAGGUGAACAGGCUGAGACUGUUCUGGAUAAGGUGCUCAGGAAGGGCCUGAGGUCACCAGGUAGUCGUCGGUCUCUUCGUGUGCCAAUGCUUGCUGUGCUUAACCUCGACGAUGCCCAGGAAGCCAUUGACCAAGCAUUGGCUGUGCGAGGUGGCCAUACUGUAGUGAGCUUUGAGUCCAUGAUUCUUGACCUCUAUAACGAGGGUCGAAUUGGUCAGGUGGAAAAUUUGUUUGAGGACAUGGCCAAGAAGGGUUUCAAGCCAACAAUGUGCAUGUAUGAGGCGAAGAUCACUGCUUUAUGCAGGGAAGGGAAUGUCGAUGACGCUGUGAAGGUAGUGGAGGAGGAGUUGCCCAAGAAUGACCUUGUUCCAACAGUGACAACUUAUAACUUGCUAAUGAAGGGUCUUUGUGACUCAAUGCAAUCAAUAAGGGCACUAGAAUUACUCAAGAAGAUGGAUAGGCAGCUCGGUUGUGUUGCUCAAAAGGACACGUUCUCUAUCUUGGUGCAUGGGUUGUGCUCAGAAAGCAAGUUCAUUGAGGCAUCAAAGUUAAUGGAGAGGAUGGUGAAGGGACAUCAUCGUCCUGACAGAAGUGCAUUCAACAGUGUUAUUGAAGGUUUAUGUUCUGCUGGCAGAACAUAUGAUGCAUUGCUAUGGCUAGAGGAGAUGAUUGAACAUGGAGAAACACCAGACAUCCGUGUUUGGUCUUCCUUAGUCUCAGCGGUAUGUAUGUCCCAGUUUGAAGCUUUAGGAGCUGGACUGCUGGAGAAAGCUUAG